AUGCAGUUCGACCAUCAUUGGGUCAACCAUAAAAUUAACUUUGUUGACCCUAACGACCGCACAAUUCAUACACAAACGAUCGAAUGCACUUGGAAUGCACUCAAGACUCAACUGAAAGCCCGAUAUGGAACGCCUGAAGACCGCCUCGACGGGCAUAUGUAUAAUUACAUGUGGAGGUGGAAUUACAGCAAAGAGAAAUUGUUGAACAGGCUUAUUUACGAAAUGAAAUUUUAUAAACGUAAAAGCAGAGAAGAAGAUGACAAUGAAGAAUUCACUGACUCUGAAGAAGCCGACGACGACAAUAUCGAUGAUAGCACAACUGCUCCUACCAGCGACAUAUCUGACAAUGACUCCAGAACCUUCCCACCAGGGAUAUCUUCUACAUUGGCGACGGACGAUGCUGCGUCUCCAUCCUCGAUACCAUCAACGACCACGCUGUCAACGACACCUGUAUUCACAUCCACUACAUUCACACCUUUCUCUACAUCAAGCAGACGCCGUGGCCACAGAUCAUCCACUACUCCUACAGCUAGCACUUAUCCUUCGACUAAUAUGGCUGCGUCUCCAUCACCAGCAGUUACGCCAUCUACUGCUGAGUCACCUGUGGUAACAACCUCCUCCACACCUCUUCUAACGACAACAAAACGAGGUGGGCGCAGAACAUCUACCAUGUGUUCUACUACCCCCUUCUCUUCUUCAACAUUGACUAAAACUACGACAGUCAAACCAACUAAAACUCCUAGUUAUACAACUAAAACUCCUAGUUAUACAACUAAAACUCCUAGUUAUACAACUAAAACUCCUAGUUAUACAACUAAAACUCCUAGUUAUACAACUAAAACCACAAAGUAA